AUGGCGCCACACCUUUCAACUACGAGCGGCGACGAGGGCGAAGGUGCCAGUGCCAGUCACCCUAUUGAUGCCUCUAUCAUCAACCACGGUAACGCAAUCGAGACCACAUCUCAUCACAUCAUGGCGGCUGCGUCUCCAGCUUCUGGCCAGGUCAUCGGCAGCAUCAUCCACCAGGGUACCGGUUCAUUUUUGAAUCCCAUCGAAGCUCAGGCCGGCAAUUUCAUUCCGUCCGCCAAUACCACUCAAACCAUUGGUCCAGUCUUCAAUGAUAUCCCAGCUCAGGCCGCCAGUCCGUUUAUGGACUUACCAGCUCAAGAAGGUGCCGAUCCCAUUCCGGAAGAAGGUGCAGUUCCAGUUGCCGAUCCAUUCAUCCUCGACUUUGAUAUUUCCGUUUUCAAAAAGGUUUUAGGCAACGGUAUUCCCUGUGGUCAGCCGGCCUAG